CUCGUGCAGCAGUCGAUGCCAGUGGUCUUCAGCAGUGUGCAGCCCCAGCAGAGCCCAAGAAGGCAACAGACAGGAGCACCCUUAGGGAGCAGGCCAGCUGCUUCCAAGAAAUCCCAACAGCAACAAAGCAUCAUGGGAUCAAAGCAGUUCAGUGGCGCUCCCUUGGUCUCCCAGCCAUCCUUCCUCAGGGAACCUUGUGUCACAUCAACCCAGGGGCCGCCCCAGCAGCGAAAGCAAGUUGUGAGAGGAAACCAGAUCCAGCCGGUGUGCAUGCCUCUACAGAUGAGCAUUUCGCUACCCGUCUAUAACAACCCCAUGGUUUUUUCUCAAACACACCCUAUCACUGUGCCCCCUCCCAUGCCACCUGAACUGGGUGAGAGGCCGCAGCCGCCUGAUUACAGCCAAGAUCAAAGUUUAAGGAUGUUGUUAGAUCAACCUGUGCAGCCAUUGAUGUCCAGUGGGAACGGGAACAAUCAGACUCCCCAAAGCAACGCUGGUAGGCCACAGACCAAAUUUGCUCAAGAACAGCAGAGUCUGCCUUCUGCGAUACAGAUGCAACCCGUCACGUGCGCGGCCAUCCGGGCCCCUGUCCCAUCUCCUGUAUUCACCCCCUCCGGGAUGAUUCCACACCCCAGUGUGACUGUCCAGCAAAGCCAUCCUGCUAGUGCCCUCCAUCAGUGGCAACCUCAGCCAGUUCAACAGCAUCACCUUUAUGUUCAGAUGCAGAGUGCAGCUGACUCCGGCCAGAAUCAACACUUAUUCCAGCAGCCUCCCCUACCACAACAGAACACUGCCAUGGGUUAUUUCCACCACCCACAGCCCCCAAGCCAUCUCCUACAAGGGCAGCCAUGCAGUUUACAAGACUUGCCCGAAAUGCAGAUGCCUUGAGGUCUCAAGUCAAAGCAAUGGUGAGGCUUACCUGGGGAACAGUGAAUGCUGAGCCCUGGGGAGGACAGCUGGUUCCUCCUCCAAAGGCAAGGCUGGCUGUGAGAAGCAAUGCCCAGGCACGGAGGAGGAGUGGAGACCAACAGCUGGCAUUCUUUCUGCUUGGAAAACCCACCCGGCCACACCCCUCCAGCAAAACCGGUUCAAAAGGCAAAUCUGGCACCCUUGGCUGCUCAAACCCUGUGUGCCACAAAAGAAGUACAGGGAGGAAAUUGUGAAGGUCGAGGGAGGAAGUUUGUUUAAGGAAUUGUCUGUCCACCAAGAUGGGUUUGACGGCAGACCAGAACUAGGUGGUUGCUUGGCCAAGAAACCAGCUUGACUUGAGUGGUGAGAAAUAGGAAUUUGCAGGAGAGCCAGCCCUCAAUGCAACUACGUUUGCAUGUUGUAAAGCCAUAUAUUUAAUAUGGUGGGUGAAUUUCUAGCUUGCAGGUCCUUUUUUUUUUGUUACAUAGUCAAGUUUACAUGCUGAUAGGUUUAGCACCUGCGUACUGGAGGCAGUUUCUGGAAGAUCCUUUGCUGGGAAAUGCUAUGGUCAUUGCCAGACUGCCAUUUCCAUUUGUUCAGUGUGUGAUUUAUGUAUAUAGGUUUUAUUUUAGGUAGCCAAUUUCUUGCUGCUCCAUUUUUUCUCUGAUACGGACUUACUUUCUGGAUAAUUGAGUGAUGCUGCUACUGUUUAUGAAUACCACUUUUGCCUGAAUUCUUUCAUUUUACACCAGCUCCUUUGAUCGUUAGAGUUGUCUAUAAAAGAUUCUUCUAUUGGUUUUUAUUUUAUUAUGAAGUGGAGAUAAAAGUUUAUCUAGUUCUACUCCCAAAUUAGCCAAAUAGGGUGCAGGAUCCUUCAUCUUUCUCCUCUCGUCUAAUUAAACUUUAUUUGGGGAGGUAUCUUGUCACCCAAAGAUAAAAGCAAACUUUAUGGUUUUGCUGCUUAGGGUUGGGAUUUGGCAAAGUGGAGUUUUCUAUCUAACAAGGAUCCUGCAGUGUCACAAGUCAGUAGUGUUAGCAAUAAAAUGUAUUUUUGUAAAUGGUUGUUUUUUAAAAAAAACUGUGUUUAUAUAUUUAUGAACUUUUUUAAAAAAAAAGAGUUGUUUUUUUUUUUAUUCUUCAGUGGUGAAUACACCAAAGCAUUCCUUAUUGAUUGUCUCUUUUUCCAAAGGGAAUGACUACUUGUAAUUGCAAGGGGCAUUUAAAAAAACAAAAAACGGUAACUUUUUGCUCGGCUUGCACAUCUGUUAUUUUCUAAGCUUAGCAUUUCCAUCUGUACUUGUUUUUUGGAUGUUAAACUUUCACCUGCUGCUGUUAGUGCAAAGUUGUUUCACGCUAGAUGUAUUCAUUCCAGCCCAAUGUUAGAAGGCAUUUGUUUAAUAAUAGUUCGGGGUCAUAGAACUGAGAAAAAGCAGGCUACGUUUAUUCAGGUAUAGCUGUGUGUGCAAAAAAUUCUCAGGCAGAUAGAUCACUGUUUUAGAGGAAUCUGCACUUCCCUCUCUUCCUAGGAUCGUAGUUUCUUAACUGCUGAAGAUGCUUUGCACAGGCGGGUGUGGACAGGUCAGUUUCCCUGGGUCCUCAAACAAAGGGGUAACGAUGGAUUUUCCUAUAUCCAUAUCCAUAGAGAAUCACAGGCACAUUUUUCCCUGUUCCAUCAUUUUCCUGAAAGGACAAUGGAAACAUCAGAGGAACUUGACAGGGACGUCCACAAGAGGGGCCCAAAAAGUCAAGAUGUUCAUGGUCUAUCAAUCUUACUCCUUGUUAGGUGUGACACAUGUAAAAAGGGGUGGGGCUUCAGUUGUAUGAUCACGACUGCCCGCUUGACUUUUUCUAUCUCCUCCACGGAUGCCCGAGACUUAGUUCUGUGCCAUUUUUCAGACCCAAAGCACCAAUGCCAAAUAUUGUAGUUAAAUGCUGCCUCCAUGCACGCUUUGUCUGUGAGUCCAGGGAAGUGAAUGAAGGAUGAGUGACUUCAUGUCAAGAAAGAGAAAACAGCCUUCAGCAGGAGCUCCCUACGGCUUUUGAAGAGCCCUCCCGGUUCCUAAAGCUUUCCUCCCCCCGUCCUCACCCAACGGGGGAGCCGUGCAGUGAAUGCCUCAGCAUUUGUUUUCUCUCUCUUGCGGUCGGCUGCAUCUGAACCAGCAUUUAACAUGCCAGAUUUAAAGAAUGUCAGAUAGAAUUUUGUUGGGAGCAAGGAUGGGAGGACAGCCCUAGAGCAAGACAGUUCAGGACUCAAGAAGACCAGCAACAGAUUUCUUUUGUCGGCCGAAGUUUGUAGUUAAGGUAAAGGAGGCAAGUAAAGAGUUUCUGGUGUGUGUAUGCUGAAAUCCUUCACGCUCCUUCCAGGGUUACAAAUAGAGCUCGGAUGGUUUUACACGGAUCCUGAACAUGGCUUUCUUCAAGCGGAUUGGCUGAAUAGACCUAAGAGCAACACCUGAUCUCUGGUCCUUUUAGAUGAUGGCUGCGUUAAUCCACCCAACACACACACAUACACACUUUCUCUUUCAAGUGGGAAUACGCACACAACUGAUUUGGGUAAUCCUUUGGUGGCUUGAUUCUCUUUUGUAGACUUUCCAUGUCCAAGUCCAGAGCAAUAAUUUCUGAUAAAGAAGGCCUAGCUCAGGCACAGCAGCAGGAUAGGACCCCUAACAGCCUCUUAUAUAAUACCCUGGUUUUGCUGUGAGCAAAAUGGCAUAUGGUACAAGUUGUCCUCGCUUAGUGACCACAGUUGGGACUGGUGACUCAGUCACUAAGUAAAACCGCAACUGUGCUUGUGAUAUUCCUUCAGCUUUCCUUUGCUUUACAGACCUGUGAAGGUCAUAAAUGCAAGGAUUGGCUGUAAAGUACCUUUUUCAUCGCUAUCAUAACUCUGAAUGGUCGCUGUAUGAGACAGUCGCUAAAUGAGGAUGACCUGUAUGUCCCAUUUGAGCACAGAAGCACUAAACUGGAAAGCAUGGAAACAGGAGGGCAAGCAAACCUGCUUCUUUCAAAUGCCCAAACAUGAUCCUUCCUAUUGUAUUUCCUUACAUUUUAAAGCGUUGCCCCUGGGCCAGUCUAGAUUUCUUCCCCCCGGGGAGUCCUCAGUGUGCCAUCUGCCCCUGCUUUGUUUUCAGUGGCAGGGGUUGGAGAUAGAAAACUAGAGGGUGUGACUCUCACACAAAUGUGCCCUCCACUCCAAGUCCCUGAGAAGUCCCAUGGAAGGGAUCCCUUCACCCUUUCAAGGCAAUGGGGAAAUGAAAAUUCUCCAGGCUCAGCUUACAUGCAUCCAGACAGACUGAUGCCAUGGGAGAAGUUGGCUGGCUUUAAAUUGGUAGGAAGCAGGUCAUCAACCAGAAUCUUAAUCCAGGUUUUAUGUGGGAAAAUAUUGGGUGAGGCUGGCUCACUCAAUUCAUUUUAGGAAUUAUCCCUGCUACAGCUGGUAGGUUAAGGUGGGAUAGAAGGGCGCGGUAACUGACAG